AUGCCUAUCGAAAACACCUCUAUCUCCACGGCUCCGGGCAUAAACCUCACCCCCCACCAAAAGACCCUCGUAGGCUCCAUCUUGGAUCUCUUCGCCGGGCGCCCUUCCCUCCAAAAACUCUCCCUUUGGUCCGACAACGCCACGUUCAGCGACCCAUUGACCAUCGCGACAGGUCGCGAUCGCUACUCUGCGCAAUGGUAUGGUUUGCAAUCAGCUUUCAGCGAAAUCGAGCGCCUGCACCAUUCCGUCACAUCCGCCGGGAACCCAAUCUUGAUGGACUUGAAAACCCGGUAUGUGAUCAAGGGGAUUGGGAAGGAGCAGACGGUGCAGAGUGUAGUGGCAAUUUAUACGGAUGACCUGUCGGGGAAGAUUACGAAGGUCGAAGAUAGGUGGGAUGGGUCACUGCCGGAUUCGAGCAUCGCGAAUGCUUUUCGACAUCUGAAUGCGGUUACGGUGCCGAAGAUGAUAAACGUGCCGAAGAAUGAGGAGGAGGAUGUGAAGAAAGGGAAUUGAUGAGUGUUCUAUAUGGUACGUAGUACUGUAACUACGCAAAACUGAACUCAUAAAUCA